AUGCUUCCUCGAAAAUUCUACAAAGACAAUCGCAAAAUCCCAUUGGGAUUUAUGUUGCUGACCACAACUCUCUUCUUCUACUAUUUAAGUCUCCACAAAGAGACCGUGAGCAACUUCGACAUUCCUUCUGAACAACAUUCCUCUAGAACAGACGAUUCAUCUGCAACUUAUGAAUUGCUACAAGUGUCGCAAGAACAACGAAAGCUCCAGAUCGAAGAAUACCAGAGGGGGCCAGAACUUAAACCCGAGGUCUCAUCUCGUCUUCCGUCUCAUACUUCUCCCUCACCUUAUACGCCACCGACUCCCGAUUACCCGUCCCAAGGAGCACUCAAAACAAGCGAAGUCGCUCUUCUAUUGAAGACAGGUGCCUCAUUAGUAUGGAAACGCCUACCAAUCCAUUUAUUGACGAGCCUUGCGCCGGAACGCAUCGCACCAGAGAACACAAUUAUUUACUCCGAUGUCCCUGACGUGAUCGGCUCUCACCAACUGGUGGAUGUCCUUGCCAAUACCACCUCACGAGCUGUUCUCGAGUCUCCGGACUUCCAGCCAUACCUACUCCAAGAAGAUUUUGACGCCAAGCAAGGAUGGAUUGAGGGUGACAUUGCAGGUCCAAUCGGUGGAUGGAAAUUAGACAAAUACAAAUUCUUACCACUUAUCAACCAUGCCGGGCACAGUCAGCCGGAUGCGAAGUGGUACAUCUACAUGGAAGAUGACGCGUUCAUAUUUCUUCCCAACUUAUUGCAUCACCUUGCCACUUUUGAUUGGAAGGAUGCAUGGUAUAUUGGUAGCUUAGCUGUCAAACACGGUGAGAUCUUUGCUCAUGGGGGCGCUGGAUUUGCCUUGUCAAGAGGCGCUUGGGAAAAAACCUUUGGCACCCACAGCGACAUUAUCGAAAAAUACGAGAAUUUCACUGAAGCUCAUGGAUGUGGUGAUCAUGUACUUGGUCACGUCCUGAAAGAUUAUGGAGUGCCCUUUGGCGAGACCCAUGAAGCAGAGCAGUUUACAUUUGGAUUCAACCCAGAGUCCUACUGGAACAUGUGGUAUGGGCAAGCAAACUGGUGCAAACCUAUAUUUAGCAUGCAUCACAUGCAUUUAAAGGAUAUCUCGAGAUCUUACAACAUGGAAAAAGCUUGGAAUUUUACCAAGAAUGGCCUCAUGCGGUAUCGUGACGUUUAUGACACGUUCAUUGCGCCGGUCGUCCGACGACGCAUGGAAUGGUGGGACAAUAGAUCCUCUAGUCACGCCAUCACCUCAUCCGAGGCGAAAGCUGGUGAGGACAUGUGGAUUCCUGAUUCGGUGAAAUCCAGACUUUCCUGGCUGAAGAGCUGGCAGUCAGUAGACGACUGCGAGGCAGCCUGUCUAUCGUGGCCCGAGUGUGUCCAGUGGAGUUUCUACGAGGAUCUCUGCAAAAUGAGUGACCGUGUUGUCUUGGGAACAGGUUACACGGCGACAGACCCAAGGAGACUCACAGCGUUAAAGACAACCAGUGGCUGGGUUUCAAAACGGAUCGAGCAAUGGUCCUGUGAACAUUAG